CCACCCAGCUUGAAAGAUGUAGAUAUGGGAAAAUUCAUCCAUAUAAGUUAUGUUUUUUGUGCGAUUUUAGUAGGUGUAUGUAUACGAGAUGUAAAAGGUAGUGAGAAAAAAAUAUUUAACGUCAGUUUAAACGGUGACAGCUCCAUCAAUCUUCAUUGGAUUUUGGAUUAUAGUUAUAGUAACGUAAUUUUUGAAAUUCAUCUUCCUUCCGACUAUGGUUGGUUCGCAGUAGGAUUUUCCGACAGAGGGAAUCUUUAUCCAGCUGACUAUUGUCUGUUAUGGAAAAAUGUGAAAGGGAAAGUCUCCCUACAGGAUACUUAUUCAACUCAAAGUGGAAUUCUUUAUUUAGACAAACAUCAAGAUUGCAAUAAAUUUAAACAUCAUCAGAAAGGCGGUGUUACAAAAUUUACUUUUACGCGAAAGUUUGAUACUUGUGACAGGCACGACUAUAUAAUUGAGGAUGGUACUACCCACAUUGUAUGGUCCAGAGGAUAUACACAUUUAUAUCAAGUAAACGCUAUGAACAUUUCUUCUACAGAAAAUGAUCAUGGUAUGGUUAGGGUAGAAUUAUUAAAAAAUACCAACGCGAAUUCUAAAUUACCAUCUUAUGUAAAAGUAUUGGAUAUUCUUGUUGAUAAAGUUAAGGUGCCGUCAGAAGAAACAACUUAUUGGUGCCGUGUUGUUAAGCUAUCAGAUGACUUUAAAAGAAAACAUCAUAUAUACCAGUUUGAAUCUCAUAUACAAGAAGCGAGCCAAGGGAUUGUGCACCAUAUGGAAGUAUUUCACUGUGAAGCACCCCCUGAUGAAGAUAUUCCUCUUUAUGAUGGAAACUGUUUUGCUAAAGAUAGGCCACCGAGAACUCAAGUUUGCAAACGAGUUUUAGCUGCUUGGGCCAUGGGUGCACCACCAUUUACUUAUCCAAAAGAAGCAGGUCUUCCUUUGGGAGGGAAGGACUUCAAUCCUUACGUUAUGUUAGAAGUACAUUUUAACAAUCCUGAACAUAGAAGUGGCAUUGUAGAUAGCUCAGGUUUCCGAUUACAUGUUUCAUCAAAAUUGAAAGAAAUGGAUGCAGGUAUAAUAGAAUUAGGAUUAGAAUAUUCAGACAAAAUGGCUAUACCACCAGGUCAAAGUCAGUUUUCUUUAAGUGGCUAUUGCACCAGUACUUGCACAGCAAUGAGUUUACCGCCAAAUGGUAUUACCAUUUUUGGAUCACAACUUCACACGCAUUUAACUGGAAUACGUAUUAAUACUAGGCAUUUCGAUGCUAAUGGAAAUGAAUUACCUGAACUAAACAGAGAUAAUCAUUAUAGCACUCAUUUCCAAGAAAUACGUAGGUUGAAGAGGCCUGUAAAAGUGUUACCAGGACACUCGCUGAUUACCAGAUGUGACUAUAACACAGACGAUAGGGAAAAUAUAACUCUUGGAGGAUUUAGUAUUACAGAUGAAAUGUGUGUCAACUACAUCCAUUACUAUCCACAUUGUGAAUUAGAAGUCUGUAAAAGUUCAAUAAGUGAUCAAGCAUUGAAAACAUUCUUCAGAUAUAUGAAUGAGUGGGAGGAUCAACCAACUUCGCCAGAAAAGGGGAUUUCAGAAAACUACAAAUCAAUAGAAUGGAAUAAAAUGCGUGUUCAACUUUUAGAUGAAGUUUACAAUGAGGCUCCUUUAAGUAUGCAAUGCAAUAUGUCUAAUGGCGACAGAUUUCCCGGAUACUGGGAAAAUUCACAUAUUCCUCCAAUAAUUACCUCUUUAGCUCCACCUUCAAGAAAGUGUGAAGCAAUUAGAGAAUAAAAAAAAAGUUAUAAAGUUGAAAAAAAUGUUCUAGUAUUAAAUAAAAGAUACUACGAUUAAAAGAUGG